ACGUGCGCGUUGCAUUGUGGUCGCCGGUGUUCGUACAGAAACAGAAACUACACACCACCCCGGUAAUAUUCAGACACAGGACGUGAGAAGGUCAGGUGAUCUUUCACAGUCUACAAAGCAGCCAUGUCAUCGACGUCCCAAAAACAUAGAGACUUUGUGGCCGAGCCUAUGGGCGAGAAGCCUGUGAAUGCUCUUGCAGGCAUCGGAGAAGUCCUUGGCAAACGACUGGAGGAGAAAGGUUUUGAUAAGGCGUAUGUCGUCCUCGGGCAGUUUCUAGUGCUAAAGAAAGAUGAGGAGCUUUUCCGGGACUGGCUGAAGGACACUUGUGGGGCAAAUGCCAAACAACAAGGUGACUGCUUUGGCUGUCUUAAAGAAUGGUGUGACGCCUUCCUAUAAACCAUUCAGCCAUUGUUUUCUACUUUUGAAGUCCAAACUGUACAUUAUCUCUUCAGUGAUCUUCAGCUACACCAUAUAUAUCAACCGACACUGUACACAUUGAGGUUUUCUGAAGUCAACAUAUUUUUAAAAGAUGCUUAUUGUGGUUGGUGUGUUGAAGAAAUCCUGCAGCCUGAAAAUCCCAAAAAGAAGUCACACACGCCCCUCUUAUGGUCUUUGACAAAUAAGUGUAGUUUUAUAGUUGCUAACUCUUUCUCUCUUAAACUUUUGACUGCUCUGACUUGUGGUAGUAAACAAACUGACUGAAAACAUUAAAGGCAUACUAUGUAGCUUUUUUCUAAAAAUCAAUAAAUACGCUUCCAAAAAUGA